AUAAUAAAAAAUAAUUAUAAAUUAAUUGAUUAUUAUUAAAAAAUUAAAUUGUAAAAUUUAAUUUAACAUGUGUUUACAUUUUGUUUAUUUUUUAAGUGUUUAUGAAUUGUAGUAGCGCGUAGUUUACGUAAAAAUCUUAGUAUUGUUUCAUUCUAGUUUGAACAAUGUUAGCUGUAAUAACGUUUGUGUUUGUUUUUUGUACUUCAAACGCGUAUGUUGUUCGACACGAGCCUAUAUUACUUGGGACAGAUUUAGUUUUAACAUUUUUGGUUCACAGACAUGGAGACAGAACACCAGUACCUCAAUACGUGAACUUCAGUGACCAACGGGAACAGCUCAAGGAAUUAACCAAACCCAUCGGAUAUGGACAGCUGACUGAUGCUGGAAAGCGUCGAGCAUACGAGCUUGGGAACUUCAUACGUGCUCGAUAUGGCGAAUUCCUAUCACCUCAGUACAACCGCUCCGAGAUUUACCUUCGCUCCACUGACUCCACGCGCGCCAAGAUGACGAUUCUCGUAGAGAUGGCGGGCGCGUACUCCGCGAGCAACCAUGGCUGGAGUGACGACAUCAAUUGGGUCCCGGUACCUUAUACUACGAUGCCGUUGCAGUAUGAUUUUGUAAUGGGAAUGAAUUGCCCAAAAUUUAUGGAUCAUUUUGAUAAAAUUGCUAGAAGUCGUGUACCAGAAAUGCAGAAACACAGCAGUGUUAUAGAACGUCUCUCAUCAGUUCUGAAGAUUGAUUUAAGAAAUACACCAGUACAGACUUAUUUUGCAUACGAUGUUUUUGUAAGUCAGAUAAACAUGGGACUUCCAGUUACACCAUCUAUCAAAGAAAUGAUGCCUGAAAUCAAAAUGGCGGCGGACACAGCGUUUGAUCUUCUAUUUGGAAAUCAAACUAUGUUGCCUUUACAAGCUGGUCUUCUCUUAAAGGAGUUCUUCGAAGUAUCCUAUGCAACAAUAGCUGGUGAGCCAUCGCCGAAAGUAAGGAUAUAUUCAGGUCAUGACGUCAAUGUGUAUGCAUUGGAGGCAAUUUCGAGAGUAAUGCCUCAAGGAGCACCACCAUAUGCAGCACUGUUCGCGCUGGAGUUGAGGAAAGUUCGAAAAACUGGAAGAUAUGUGGUCCUACCAGUAUACGUAAGUUCUCCUGGUGAACCAGUUCAAUACUUGCAAGUGAAGGGCUGUGAUCUGCUCUGUGAUUUGGAUAGAUUCUAUGAGAUCACAUCACCUGACCUGAUAGACAUCGAUGAUUGGAAAUCACGCUGCAACUACGAUAUGAAUGCAAAAUUUAACACAAAUGGUUUUGAAUGAUACUGUGAUUGUAAAAUAAUUGAUUUAUAUUAUCUGAAUUAAAUAUUGAAGCUAU